CACACAUUUUUGUGUAUGCUGACUGCCUCUCGCUCUCAUUAAAGCUGACGAUCAUGAGCGAGAAAAUAUAAAAAUUUUUUUUUUGGUUGCUGUACACAUUGAAACAUAUUCUAUUGAAAUCGGCAUCGUUCAUUAGAUGAGCGAUCACUUUAAACGUGACUAGUUGAUAUUCAGUACGUCGCCGUGUCGGAAGUGAAUUUAGAAAUAUAAAAAAAAUAUUAUUCAGAAUAAUUUUACUUCUCUUAGUUGAAUCGUGUGUGUUUGUGCGCAAAUUAAAAAUAGAAAAAUAAAAGCAUAUAUAAAAGUUUUAUACAGUUUUUUGAUAACCAAGUCGAGAAAUCAUGAGAGAAAUUGUGCAUUUACAAGUCGGUCAAUGUGGAAACCAAAUUGGAUCGAAAUUUUGGGAAAUUAUCUCCGAUGAGCAUGGAAUUGACCCAAAUGGACAUUAUCAUGGCGAUAACGAAUUACAAUUAGAACGUAUUGAUGUCUACUACAAUGAAGUCAAUGCUAACCGUUAUGUACCACGUGCAGUUCUUGUUGAUUUGGAACCUGGCACUAUGGAUGCAGUAAGACAGUCACCUUAUGGUCGCUUGUUCCGUCCAGAUAACUUUGUUUUUGGACAAUCUGGAGCUGGCAACAACUGGGCUAAGGGUCAUUAUACAGAAGGAGCAGAACUUGUCGAUUCAGUACUUGACGUUAUUCGAAAAGAAGCAGAGGGAUGUGAUUGUCUUCAAGGUUUCCAACUGACUCAUUCUCUGGGUGGUGGUACUGGAAGUGGAAUGGGAACACUCUUGAUUGCGAAAAUUCGUGAAGAAUAUCCAGAUCGUAUUAUGAAUUCAUUUUCCGUAAUUCCAUCACCAAAAGUUUCAGAUACAGUCGUUGAGCCAUACAAUGCCACUUUGUCUGUUCAUCAAUUGGUCGAGAAUACAGACGAAACUUUCUGCAUUGAUAAUGAAGCACUUUACGAUAUUUGCUUCCGUACUCUAAAGCUUCAAUCGCCAACAUAUGGUGACCUGAAUCAUUUGGUUUCGAUAACAAUGUCAGGUGUGACCACAUGUUUACGUUUCCCUGGUCAAUUGAAUGCUGAUUUGAGAAAGCUUGCUGUUAAUAUGGUUCCAUUUCCACGUCUCCACUUCUUCAUGCCCGGCUUCGCACCAUUAACUGCUAAAAAUAGUCAACAGUAUCGUGCUCUAAGUGUUGCUGAUUUAACACAACAAAUGUUUGAUUCUAAAAACAUGAUGACAGCAUGUGAUCCCAGACAUGGACGUUAUUUGACAGUAGCCGCAAUUUUCCGUGGUCAAAUGUCAAUGAAGGAGGUUGAUGAGCAAAUGUUGGGCGUACAGAACAAGAACAGCAGUUAUUUCGUCGAGUGGAUUCCAAACAAUGUUAAGGUUGCUGUCUGCGAUAUUCCACCACGUGGCUUGAAAAUGUCAGCCACAUUUAUUGGCAACUCAACAGCCAUUCAAGAAAUUUUCAAACGUAUUUCAGAACAAUUCACAGCUAUGUUCCGUCGUAAAGCUUUCCUCCAUUGGUACACUGGCGAAGGUAUGGACGAAAUGGAAUUCACAGAAGCUGAAAGUAACAUGAACGAUUUGGUAUCUGAAUAUCAGCAAUAUCAAGAAGCAACAGCUGAUGAUGAUGUUGAAUUUGAUGAGAAUGAAGAACUUGAACAGAAUGAAGCUUGUUGAACUUUCGAUCAUCAAAAAAAAUAAUUUUUUUUUCAAUUUUCAAUUCAACUUUUUCUUUCAUUUUUAUCUUCUUCCUUUUUGAAAGCAUGAGCGAUGAACUCUUGUGAAGUUGUGAUGUGUUUUAUGGAUGUAACUAGCAUUUCUAAGAAUAUUUAAUAAAAAAUUUGCAGCUACAAAAAGGAAGAUUUAAAUUAAAAACAUGCAGAAUAUUUAAAGGAACUAUCCAGGGGGGUAUAGCUUAUAGUUGGGAGGGGGUGGGUCGAUUUUUGUAAAUUUUAGAGAUUUUUUUCCUCAAAGAAUUCUAACAAAUUGAAAAGAUUUUGGCGAGGUUGACCCUCAUAAACCCUAAAGUAUGUCCCUAGAACUAACAAUAUACAUGAAGUAAAUUAACAGAAUCUUCAAAUCAUCUCCACUGCCAUCAUCAGCUUCUCAAACAAAAAUACAAAAAAUCACCACAGCUUCACAAAAGUAACAAGAAAAAAAAAGUGAGCAGCAUAAAAAAAUGGAAAAACUUUUUCAUUAUAUCGAACAUUUAUUGCUUAGCUGUAUAAUUUGCAAUUUGCAUAGAUUGAAUUUAUGUGUUCGAAACAUAUUACCGAGCCAUUUAUAUUCAUUUAGAUGAGUCUGUAUUGGGGUAAAAACAUUUUUUUUGUUCUGUUAGUUGUUAAAAUUUUUUUUCAGCACCAAAUGUUUUUAAUAAAAAGUUUUUACUGGAAAAUA